CAGUGAGAGAGGGAGGGGUUACACAUGUGCUCAGUGCAGUGUUGAGGAAAUAGCAGGGCUCCACAGAUGAGAGAAACUUCAAGAAUAACAGACACAAUACGGACACUUUAGCAUCCAGCCAUGCAGCCUCCACCCAGAAAGGUAAAGGAGAGCCAGCAGGUGAAACUCGUGUUCUCGGAGCAGCUCAGUAGACUGCAGUCGAAACAACAUCAAGACACUGAACUCCUGGAAGAGAUCAGGUCCUUCAGUAAGCAGCGAGCAGCCAUAGAGAAAGAGUACGGUCAGGCUCUUCAGAGGCUAGCCAUCCAGUACCAGAAAAGAGACUGGCAAAGAGGAAAUGCUGACGCAGUUGCUGUCGCUUCUGGGAGUGUGUUCAGUGUGUGGCGAUCAGUGGUCGAUGCUACAGCUCAGUCUGCUGCCUCACGGCUGGCUGCUGCAGACGAGUACAGACGACUGAUCGAACAAGUCACCAGAAGUCUUCGCAACACAAAGGACGUCCGAACAAAAAGGGGCCUGGAGCGUCUUCAGAGGGUUCAGGGAGAAGUGGUGGAUACUCUACGGGAGUUGCAUAGGAUCAAAAAGAGCUACUAUCAAGUCAGUCAUAUCACCAAUGUUGCCAGGGAAAAAGUUGCAGAUGCAAAGACCAGAGCCAGAAAAAGUGAACAUGGGAUUUUCCAUUUUAAAGCGGGGCUUCAAAAGAUGACCGCCAAGCUCAGUGCCAGGUUAAAAGAGUGUGAUGACCGUCUGACUGAAGUACGUAAUGAGUAUCUGCUGGCGUUAGCAGCAGUCAACGCCCAUAACCAACACUACUACACCAAAGAGCUACCACGUAUUAUGGAGCUGAUGGACGGAGAUGUCUACAAUGACCUGAGGAGCCAUUUUACUCUGCUGUGUGGGACAGAGAUGGACUCUUGUUUGAACAUACACAAACUAUACAGCCGAAUGUGGGAGACUGUUUCUAAGGUGACCAGAGAGAAAAAUGUGAUACAGUUCCUCCAAGAAUCUGUCUCCUUCAGCAAAACGCCUGAAUUCACCUUUCAGCCAGCUCCAUGUGACAAGGUUUCUGCUCUGCAGGAGGUUUGUGCUCCAGAAUCAGAGGGCUGUCUGGUAAAAGAGGCAAAGAAAUGGGCGACAAAAGCUGCAAAAGACUACAAGAUCAUCACUCACGGAGAGAGGGCUCUGCAGAUGCUGGAGAGUCGUCUGAAGCUCCUGUCGGGGGAGACAGGGCUCAGCGUGGAGCAAAAGAUUGCAGAGGUGCAGGACAGCGUCAGGAAAGCCAAGCUCAGCAGAGUGAAGGCGGAGGCUCGUCUCGCUCUGUUGUCAGAGAACAUCACAGGAAUCAAACUGUGGCUCCGCGACGCCAUGAACCAGGCGGAGGAGGAGCUGGAGAGAGAGAGACGCCUCAGUGAGCAGAGGAAGUCUACAGAGGACUUUUCAGAGGAUGAGUUUGAGCUGACCGACUUUGAGGACUACGAUGAUGAGAAUGGAGACAUCUUUGCAGAUCCAGUGUCGGCAUCAGGAGUGUGUGUUUACCCUGCAGCCUGCAGAGUUAUCUACAACUAUCAGGCUAGCCAAUCAGAUGAGCUGUCAAUCAUAGAGGGGGAGGAGCUUCAAGUUGUAGAGGAUGGAGAUGUGGAGGACUGGCUGAAGGUGUGUAACGCAUGUGGUCAGGUGGGUUAUGUCCCUGAGCGUUAUGUGCAGUUCUUGUGUCUGCCAGUAGAGGACGCCGCUCAGCUGGACAGUUCUUUCAGCUCCACCUCCUCCAUCGGCAACAAAGAGAGGAGCAGAGGUGUAGCCAGAGCUCUGUACUCCUACCAGGCACAGAGUGCAGAGGAGCUUUCCUUCCAGGAGGGGGCGCUCAUCCACCUGAGACGCUGUCGACAAGGGGAGGUAGAUGAUGGGUUUUGGGAAGGAGAGCUGAAUGGGCGGGUUGGUGUCUUCCCUUCUUUGGUGGUAGAGCUCGUCCACAAUGAGGGAGAGGAAGAGGAGGAGGAGGAAGAGGAGCCUCUCCUCACGCCAACUAUGCCUCCCUUGUCUCCCCCCAUCCCUGUCCCCUCUGACCCUGCCUGUGGUUCAACUCUUAGUGCUACGCCCCCUAGCUGUGUGGAGGACAAACAGCAGGUCUUUCCUUUGAGGCUCUCAGAGGACAUCAUAGAGACUGAAGGCAGCCGCAAUUCUCCCGAUUUCACCAGCUGUCGGCUAAGACCAUGUCGAGCUCCUCCUCCUCCUCCGACGCAGAAACCUUCACCUCAGCCUUGAGACAAAGAUUGGAGUUACUGUCAGUGUUUCAGAGAAUAUAUGACAUAUUCAGAAGAAACACUGGGUUGGUGCCUUAUAAUGUAGCUUUGAACUAAAAAACAUAGAGUUAUUUGUAUUUUUAAGGCAUAUGUUGUUGUGUUGAAUUCUGGAUUAUGUGUUUAACUUAUAUAGUUUUUUAAUAUAGUAGUUUCUAAAGUAGGGCAAUCAUCUGCCAGCUGAUUUGUCAAUGUUUUUGAUUGGCCUUAUGUCACUGACUUCACCCCGUUCAUGCUUCAUGAGACCGCUUAGCGCAAUCUCCUCUGUCAGGGUAACUGAAGCCAGAUAACCAUAAGAUACCUGGAUGUUGGGGCGCAGUUGACCUAGCAGUUUAAGCAUGCCCCCAAUAUACAGAGGCUUUUGUCCUCGUUGGAGAGGUUGUAGGAUCAACUCCCGGCCUCGACCAUUUGCUGCAUGUCUUCCCCUGCCCUCUGCUCCCCACAUUUCCGGUCUGUCUUCAGCUGUCCUGAGCAAAGUUAACUUCCAUGUGUGCAGGAGCCAACUUUUAUUCCUAAAAUGAAAAAUGCACCAACAUUCAGUGUACCAGUGAUACAACUUUUAAAAGAGUUCUGGUAUUUUGAAAUCUGGUCCCUGUUAAGAAUUAGAAAUAAAGCCACAUCACAAAAGCCAGCAGUGCACAUUUGCAUGUUGGAGUAAUGGAAUCACCUGUGGCUUGGGUCCUAGGGACAUCCACAGGUUGACAUAUAGUGACCAGUCAUGUGCCUUACCAUCACAGUGAACAAUAGUUUCACGGCCAAAUUCUACCAGAUUCAUGACCGGCCCGUCUCCAAUCCAUCACAGCACCGAAGUUGAUAGGUUUCUAUUCUAGUCAAUGUGUUAACUUCCACUGGAUCCGCUCCGCUGUGUUCUGGCUGUGUAUCUGAUCCGGCAGGUCGGGGGCCUCCGGAUCAGAUACACAAGACUUCUUGCUGGAUGUCGGAGCACGAUGUCCAGCCAGGCCUGGAGUCAACAGGUCAGAGGUGUUCAGAGGACCAGAAAGACAACAUGGAUGAGGAGAGGAGGAGGAUUAUCCUUGAUUCAGUGAUUACAGCAGGAAAACCUUUGUUACAUGACUGCAGCUGCUGGCGGUCCUGCUCCAGCUGCUGGCGGUCCUGCUCCGUGCUGCGUUCUGAAAACGCAACUGGCGGGUGUUGACGGAUGAGAGAGCACGGAUCGGACAGAUUUGGUGGAGGUCCAGGGUCACCCUUACAGAACCAGUAUGAAACAGAGAAAGCAACCAAACUGGAACUCCUGAAAAGUGCAAAUGCUGACACAUUAAGGGGGAUCCCUGAACGCCAGUGAGGAAUCAAAAUGAUCUCAGAGUGAAUGCACAUCAUAGUGACACUAACUUGACAUUUUGUAAAUGCACUCCUGAAUAUUUCUUAAUGUGUAACACUGAUGAUGGACAUAAUAAAGAUUGUUUCACAGUAUAAACACUC